AUGUCGCUCUGCCUGAAACAUCCACAACAAAGUCCUCUGCCCUAUUUGUUCUCAUUGACUGUUUCCAUUUCCUGAUUUAAACCCACAGCUGCUUUUCUGAGCAUCAGUCCUGACAGACUGCAAUUCUUCUCAUAUGAAACCAUAACUCUGAGCUGUGCAGUGCCUGGUAACUCCAGUAAAUGGACAGUGAAGAGAAACACCUCCUCUGGAUCUUCUUUGCCAUGUACCAAGUGGGGUGACUUUGCGGGGCCACCCUGCAUCAUCCAGAGUGUCUACUCGUCAGAUAGUGGAGAGUACUGGUGUGAGUCUGAGGAGGGGGAGUGCAGCAACAUCCUCAAGAUCAGAGUGAACAUAAAUCGUGUGAUCCUGGAGAGCCCUGCACUUCCCGUGACAGAGGGAGAUAAAGUGACACUUCACUGCUUCUACAAAAAGAAAUAUGAGAAGCAUAUUUUAUCAAACUUCACUUCUGCAUUCUACAAAGACGAUGUUUUUAUCGAUGCUCAGCCUGAAGGGAAGAUGAUCAUUCCGAAAGUUUCCAAGUCUGACGAAGGCUUCUACAAGUGCAAACACCCUGAAGAAGAGUCACCACGGAGUUUUCUGACUGUGAUAGGUAAGAAUGUGUGAUGGGUCAUUAGCUCUGUAUCUAACAGUAUCUUUGAUCUAUAAGCUAAAAGUCAG